UGGUAACAAUGGAGCAGAAAAUGGCCGCCUGAGAGGGGAGGCAGGGCGACGCUGCGGCUGCUUGGGGACGGACGGAGCGCGGCGAGCCGGCACCGAGCCCGCUGAGGACCGGAGAGAGCAGCGGAGCGAGAGCUGAGGAGACGGCGGCGGGCGGAAAGCCUGGUACUUGGACUGGGGAAGGUAAAAGGGAGUUGAUACUGCAUGUGAAGCUGGUUCUGUUUUUGCUUGAAGAACCCGGAGUACCAGAACUGCCCAUUAUAGCUCAGUUCCUGUGUCAUUUGAGAAAGGGAAUGGGAGAGACUUAUGUCUGAGGCUGGUCCUGCCAAAUGUGAUGACAUUAUUCCAUUUGUCAAGAUGGAAAGCUCAGAUUCUAGUGAUAAAGGAAGUAUUGAUCAAUCAGAAGCACAACGUCAGAGUCAGCUAGAUCGCUUAGAUCGAGAAGAAGCUUUCUAUCAGUUUGUAAACAACCUGAGUGAAGAGGACUACAGGCUUAUGAGAGACAACAAUUUGCUAGGAACACCAGGUGAAAUUACUGAAGAAGAGUUGCUGAGAAGGCUGCACCAAGUUAAAGAAGGUCCGCCACAGCAAAACAGUGAUGAGAAUAGAGGUGCAGAGUCCACAGAAGAUGUUUCAAAUGGAGAUUCUAUAAUAGACUGGCUUAAUUCAGUCCGACAGACUGGAAAUACAACACGAAGUGGGCAGCGAGGAAACCAAUCUUGGAGAGCCGUGAGCCGGACUAAUCCAAAUAGUGGUGACUUCAGAUUCAGUUUGGAAAUAAACGUCAACCGUAAUAAUGGGAACACAAAUCCUGAAACUGAGAAUGAGCCAUCUGUAGAGCCUUCCAGUGGGGAAGAUUUGGAAAACAGCCAAAGUGACUCUGAAAUUCCAAGGUCUGAAUCACCAUCUGUAAGACAGCCUGGAUCAGAAAGGAGCACUUCAGAAGAGUUAACUGAGGAAGCUUCUCCUAGAGGGCAGAGGAGAGCGAGAAGUAGGAGCCCAGAACAGCGGAGAACACGGGCUAGGACUGAUAGAAGUAGGUCACCUAUUAAUCCAGUGAGUGAGGCUCCUCGCAGGUCUCAUCACAAUACAUCAUCUCAAACGUUUGACCAUUCAGCAGUGAAUGAAGCUGAGGGAAGCUCUAGAACUAGGCAGCAUGUGACAUUAAGGCAGCAUGCAGUGGGGACUGAGAUUCCUAGUGAAAAUGCAGUUCUGUUUUCAGCCCCUGAAACAAGACCUGUUCCUCAAGCAGCAGGUUCUUCAGAAACUAAUGGUGCCAGUGAGUCUGCAGCUCCUGGACAGAGGCCUCCUACCAUAGUACUCGACCUCCAGGUGAGAAGAGUUCGUCCAGGAGAGUAUCGGCAAAGGGACAGCAUAGCCAACAGAACUCGGUCCCGGUCCCAGACUCCUAACAACACAGUCACUUAUGAAAGUGAACGAGGAGGGUUUAGGCGUACGUUUUCACGUUCAGAGCGGGCUGGAGUGAGAACUUACGUCAGCACCAUUAGGAUUCCAAUUCGUAGGAUCUUAAAUACAGGCUUAAGUGAGACUACAUCGGUUGCAAUUCAGACUAUGCUAAGGCAGAUAAUGACAGGCUUUGGAGAGCUGAGUUACUUUAUGUAUAGUGAUAGCGAUGCAGAUCCUAGUGGCCCAACUCCAAAUCAGAAUGUGGAUGCUUCUGAGCCACAGAACGGAGGGGGUGGUAGUUCAAGCAAUGAAAGUACAGAUGUUAGCUCAGGGGAGGUGUUUGAAGGUAGUAAUGAAGGUGGUUCAACAUCUGGUGCCAGACGGGAAGGUCGGAAUACGAGAGGAUCGGUCACGUUUGAAGAAAGUGGUUCUUUACCAUUCCUUAGCCUAGCACAGUUUUUCCUACUAAAUGAAGAUGAUGAUGACCAACCAAGAGGACUCACCAAAGAACAAAUUGACAACCUAGCAAUGAGGAAUUUCGGUGAGAGUGAUGCUCUGAAAACGUGUAGUGUGUGUAUUACAGAGUACACGGAAGGAAACAAGCUUCGUAAAUUGCCUUGUUCCCACGAGUAUCACGUCCACUGCAUCGAUCGCUGGUUAUCAGAAAAUUCCACUUGUCCCAUUUGUCGCAGAGCAGUCUUAGCUUCUGGUAACAGAGAGAGUGUUGUCUAAAUGAGAUCUGAAUUUAUGGCUAAGCAGCUAGUGUAAUAGUGAUGGGCAAAGAAGUCACUUCCUUUAUGGCCACUUUUUGAGUGGUAACUCAAUGUAUAGUAAUUACUUGGAAUGAAUCUUCCCCUCAUGAAAGAAUUUUCUCUGAAUUCAAGCUUUUAAAAUUGGAGUUAAGGUUUUCAAGAUCUAGUCGGUUUGUGUGAUGAAUUUCAUUUGUCCAAAGACAUCUACUCACUUAAAAAUACUUCUUUCUUUAUGAAGAGUGCUAAGUUCUAUCCCCUUACUCCUCCAGUCCAAUAAACAUUUUGUCCUCAACAUUGUGCUUAUGAGUAGUCUUUCUGGGAAGUCAUCCCAGCUAAAUGCGUCAUAGAGGAGUCAUAGAGGAAUUUUUGCAAGAAAUCCAACUGACUGAAAAAAAAAAAAAAAAAACUGAAUUUAAUUGCAUACUUAAAAAUACUUUUGAUUUUCUUACUGGGUUAAUAUUGGACAUGUCUGUGUAAAUAACACUAAUGUUAGCCCUUUCCCCAUCACUAUGGCACGCUGUAGGAUGAGCUGUUAGCUUAAUUGGGAUAUUUAUCUUGUUGUGGAAAUAUAAGAAUUGCCUAUGCUUGUUUAAAUAAAAAAAAAAAAUCUGUUUUAAAAUUGUAAAGCUUUUUUGUAGAAGCUCAGUACUUUUCCAAUGCACUGUUGUAUUAACGCAUUAAGAAUUAAAAUUGUACCACGCUUAGAAAUUGAGAAUGCUUUUCAUACAAAGCCCACCACAGAGAGAGCAAACUAAAUACAAGAGAGCUGCUUUUGUGACUGUGUACCUGUCAAGAGCAGUGCAUAUCUGUACUAUUUACGUGAACAACUACUGUAAUAUACAAGCAGUUGAAUUGGACACUUAAUUGCCUUUAAAAAAUUGAAGCAAAAUGUUUAUAGCUGCAGUGUUUUGGCUCAGUAGUGCCACCCAAAAAGAUGAUUAAAAAUUAGAAACUGUCCUAAUGGUUGGUUAUUCCUUUGUGUGGUAACUAAUAUGUAAUAACGCAAACCAAUGUGCACCAGUUCAUUUGGUGACAUGUAUGCCCUAUUUUUGUAUUUUUACUGAAAUUUUGAGGUAACCCUAUGUAAUUCUUCAGCAGACAAAUACUGACAGUUUGGGAUUUUUUUUUUUCCCCCACACCAGCUUCAACAAUAUUAGUAAUUGCUGGAUCUGUUUAGUGAACAUGCUGAUGUGUAUCCACUGUUCAUAGCCUGUGACUCAGGUGCUGCGAAGAAAUAAGUAUUAACUGGAAAAUAGAUUCAUUAUGAGAGUGCUAGAUUAAAUAUGAAAACUAUAACUGAUUGCUGGAGUAUAUUUAAUGUUAGUCUUAAGACUGGCUACACAUUAAAAAAAAAAUACACAUCUUUAUACUCCUA